AUGGGUAGCGACAGUCGCUACUGCUACCAGUCAAAGGAAAUGGAUAAAAGAAGUGCAAAAAUGAGCGAUAUUGACGAAAUUAAAGCCGAAUUGCGCUCAAUUCGAUAUUCUUUGCGUAAUUUUCACGUAGACGUCGACAUGGUUAUGCGACGAUUGGGAAUCACACUUCUGCGUGUUGGUGAUAUUGAAAAUUGGGCAGAACGGGAGCAUAACUUCCCACACCCCUUGUUUCCGUUGAGAGAAGAAGCGGCUGAAUUGUUAGCUCGUAUAAGAGCUCGUGCAGUUGGGCUCGUGCAGCGUAUAAGAGCUCGUGCAGAUGGACAAUCAGAAGAGAAUGAAAAUGUACGAUCAGAAAGGUGCAUUCAUUGUGGAAGCGAUCAAUUAAAUUCACCAAGAUGUUACGAACUAAAGUCAGAAGAGGAAAUUUAA